UUAUUCCCUUAUAGUAUGAGGGACAACACCAGUCACUGUGGUUGGUCACGGUGGAGGGGCACGGGACUGCAUGUUGUUGACUGCAGAGGCCAGUUUCUUCGUGGCACCUCGAGCGGGAUGGAUCUCGUUGCCAUGGAUACCAGAGUUGUAAUCGUGCUUGUGUUGUCCUUUGUUGUCCUCAGUUCAGGAAUUGUGAAUCGGCCACUAGAGCCCCGUCCAUGUACGACUACGGAGUUUACAUGCAAAGACAGCCGCUGUAUCCCGCUAAACCGGCUGUGCGACAACAAGUUCGAUUGUCGCGAUGGCAGCGACGAGGAUCCACAUAACUGCCAUCUCCGUACAUGUACGACUACAGAGUUUAAAUGCAAAGAUAGCCGCUGUAUCCCGCUAAACCGGCUGUGCGACAACAAGUUCGAUUGUCGGGAUGGCAGUGACGAAGAUCUAAAUAAUUGCCAGCCCCGUACAUGUUCGAGUACGGAGUUCACAUGCAACGACAACCGCUGUAUCCCACUACAUUGGCAGUGCGAUAACAAGUUCGAUUGUCGAGAUGGCAGCGACGAAGAUCCACAUAAUUGCCAAUCCCGAACAUGUAAUAGUACUACGGAGUUCAAAUGUAAAAACAACCGCUGUAUCCCUCUGCACAGGAAGUGCGACAACCAGGACGAUUGUGGAGACGGCAGCGACGAGGAUCCUAAUAACUGCCUGCUCGGGACAUGUUCGACUACGGAGUUCAAGUGUAAAAAUAACGUCUGUAUCCCACUACACUGGCAGUGCGACGGCGAGGACGAUUGUCGAGACGGAAGUGACGAGGAUCCAAUUAACUGCCAGAACCGGAUGUGUACGACUUCGGAGUUCAAGUGCAAUAAUAGUCGCUGUAUCCCACUUGACUGGCGGUGCGAUCACGAAGACGACUGUCGGGAUGGCAGCGACGAGGAUUCACGUAACUGCCAGCUCCAGCCUUGUAAUACUACGGAGUUCAAAUGCAACAAUAACCUCUGUAUCCCACUACACUGGCAGUGCGACGACGAGGACGAUUGUCAUGAUGGCAGCGACGAGGAUCCACAUAAAUGCCGUCUAAUUAAGACUGAUACUUAAAUAGAGUUAUUAAUAAGGAAAUAGGCCACUUACCGUGUUAUGCUUUGUAUUAAGGAACGACCAAUUUAUGAAAACUUGCUCCAUGUAAUAUAGGUUGUUUCAGAUCGACGGUUUAUUUUGUAUCUUGGUCAAAAGGCUAACUGCAGAGAGCUUGAACGAAUGCCCUAAUAAAACGUACACAGAAGUGUUAGGAACUGUUAAAAAUGUAAAUAAUUAUGCGUUUACAGUUUUACAUUUAGAGAUUACAGUCACACGUGAAAUCUACCUUUUUGUGACCGAGCCAGACGGGAAAUUUUUAUCACGGACGUUGUUUCAUUAUUGAAAGAUUCGUAACGCCACUGCUAGAUAUAUAAAUUUUCUAUAAACAAUGAGCAGAUUUAUACUACUUGUUUCCUUUCCCAUUUAGUUAAAGAAGAUUUUGAUAUGGUGAUCGUAUAUAUUUUCAUAUGGUAAUUUUGUUUCGGCUAAGCUGUGCAUAACAUUAUUGAAAAAGUUUUGAAGCCUUUAGGGUCGAUUCUUGAAAUAAUUGUCUAAAGUUUAUUCCCUGUAACAUUUGAAGGUAUCUGCCAUUUAAAACUGAGAAUCACUGCAGAAUCAAAAUUAAACAUGGUGUAUCAUAUGGUUUCCUGUCUGUUUAAAUUUGGUGCAAUGAUAGUAUUUACAUAUGUUCUUCAGGAGGUCCAUAGCCAUAUUUUCACAAUAAAUAUAUUUCAAAGUCAAUGCAGAGAAGUAUGUGUUUGGGUGUAAAAUGGUGAGCGUUAAAUUGUGAAAACAAUCUUGGAUAUUUUACCAUCUGACAUCCCAUUCGGAUAUUGACAAUACUUUUUGACUUGAAGUUUAUAACAUAUAAUCUCGUAAAGAAAAUAUUUCAGAGCAUUAAAAAUUAAAAAAAAUACACUUCUUGGCAUUGAUUAAUGAAUCGUGUUAGUUAUCAAGAUGGUUUUUUAAUUGUGUGUUCAAAAAGCAAUCAGUUGAAUAGUCUAUGAAAGCACUCCAAAAUCCAAAUAGUAUAUUUUAUAACUACUGAUAUAACACUUCAUGAAUGUAAUAAUAAAGAACAGAAUUAUUUUCUAA